ACUUUUGGUGGCGGCGGUUCUUUAUCGGAGGGCGAUCUGAUUUAAUUGUGGAGCUUGGACUCCGCUGAACUCUUCUGGUGUGCAUGCUGGAUUAAUAACCAAGCCCCUUAACGCUGCCAGUAUCCAAUCAGCGCUGUCAAUGCAAGUGGUUGACCGUGGCGAUGCUGCUACGAGCAAGGCUAGACAGGCAGUAUGGCGGAGGAGGGCAGUGUGUACGAGUUAGAGGGGUUCGAAAAACAAUUACAGAGUUUGUCGACCCGCUACUCAAGUGAUGAAUUGCGAGCCAAUAGUAAACUGUUCUGCUCUGACUUUUGUAAGCUGGUGGAGGAGUAUGCCUCUCGCUGGCAGGUGCCGCUGCCUCAGCUCAGGAUCCUUGAGAUAUCUCUGUGCUAUUUUGCUCGAGCCUGCACCUUCUUUCCAUCCAACUGUGAUCAUGUGCUCCACACGCUCAGUAGUCUGGCUUUGAGUCUUUUUGAGUUGCUGCUGUUCUUUGACCAGAAGGACUUCCAUCAGGAACCACUGAAACAGUUCACCCUUACAUUCCAGGAAUGUCACCAGUUGGCCCUUGGGAGGCUUCAGAAUGUUCACUUACUUCAGGUGGAGCGUUUGGUUCGGGGCGGCGGGCCCUGGGCUGUCCCAGCCUUACAGGCAAUCCUCAGUGAGUCCAAUUUACCUCAGAGUGAAGUGGAUGGGUGCAUCAGCUCAGAGAUGCCGGUGUUCUUUGAACUCCGGGUGCACUACCUCUUAUCCUGUGAGCGGGUCAGUGAGGCUAUGGCCCUGGCUAAGUGUUGUGCUCGGAAUCCCACAGCAGGACAACACUUGUUCUUCCUCCAGGUCUACCUCACGUGGCUUUUCAAAACUUCACAGCAUGACCGCCUACAGAAAGAGGUGGCUGAAAUAAAUGGUAAAGAUGCAAUUCACAUCAUCUGCAGUUUGGAGUGUGAGGAAAAGGACGAGCUGCUACUCGCCCUCAGUAGAGCCUUCCUCUCCCAGCAGCUUCGCACGGGAGACAUGUACUAUUUGUGUGAUCUUGUCUUCAUAUGGAGUAAACUUCAUAGUCGGUUGAAUACAUCCAAGAACGCUCUACUUGGGGAGAGUCGUCAGCUGAUGCUGUCUGCGACCAAUGUCAACUCAAUCUUCCCAUUCAUCAGAGCCAUACUGAAAGAGCUGGGUGAAGAUGGUAUCCAGUUCUGCGUGGAGCUUUGUGCCAAUGCUCUGGGGUCUUGCCUUCCCUGCGAUGUCAUCACAAAGUCCCUAAUCUACAAAACAAUAGCCGGCCUGCUACCCAAUGACCUGGAGGUUUGCCGGGCAUGUGCUCUUCUCGUCUUCUUCCUCGAACGCACUGUUGAGGCCUACAAGAUGGUGUAUCUUCUUUACAUGCAUCCUGAUCAAGAGUACCACGUGGAGUACAGCCCCAUUAGAAAUCACAUUCGCUUUGAAACCCUGCAGGUCUUGAAGAAGGACUUGUAUUUUGACCCAGAGUUUUGGAACCUCAUUGCUUUGCGGACCAAUUGCUUGAAGCUGAUGAGUGAGAAGGUGGUUAGUGGUGCCCUAGAAGAAAUCAUGGAGGACAAAUGGAUCCUGAGCUACUGCACCAAAGAAGCUGCUUCCCAAUUAAGCAAGCCAGUAUGUCAGAAAGGAAGUAAGGGGACAGCAGCUAAAAAGCGGCACAAUAAAGAGGACAGACAUCAUAAAGCGGAUACUGACACUGCUUCCAAGAGAUUAAAGGUGGGUCCAGGCAAAACACGGCCUAAUGUUGACCACACUGUAAAGAAGAAAAGCAACCGAGGGUCAUCAUCAGCUGAACCUUUGAGGCGUUCAUUUUGGCAGCUAGACAGGCUACAGGACAAUGUAGCCGCUAGGCAUGGGGAACUUAAACGCACCACAAGACUCUCGGAGAAGAACCCACCAAAACGGAGGAUUAGAAAACCCAAGUGGCUUCUGGAAGACUCAGGAAAUCUUGGUGAGAAUAAUGUUCUUCCGAAGAUCAAAAAGCAUGGGAUGAAACAUCCAAAGCACCAUGGAUCCUCUGUCGUAAAAAGGUCGGAAGCGGGUGAGCUUAAGAACAAUGCAAAACACAAACCUUCAGUAAACUCUCAUUUAACGGCAAGGAAAAACAACCGCAAGCACCAAGGGUUUUCGCUGGGCUCUCUAAAACCAGCUGCCCCGCCACAAGUAAUUCUUGAGCUCUCCCUACCAGACAAUGAACUGAUGGGAACGUUUACUGAGGACGCUUUGAACAGACAGAGAGGUUUACCUCAAGUGCUUCUUUACAGACCUACGGUGAAGGUUCCUGUUUCAUCAGAACCUGUGAAGACUGUGCAGCACAAAGAGGUGGUUCUUCGAGCGCGGGAUGAAGCUAUGUUUGUACAACAUUUGCACUGUUAUGCUCGGCGGCAGAAAGGAAAAGGUAAUAGGCUGAACAUUCAAGGCUCAGUAUCAACAAUCACACGCUCCUCUGUGCAAGGAAGUCCUCCAAAAGAUCCACACAGAAAGCUCUGUAAAAAGCCUGCCGCUGAGAUGAAAGGUGGAAUUACGUCUCAGACACCGGCAGCUGAAGUUACACAAUCCCCAGCUUUAGAAACAGUUCUUCAAGUUCAAACUAAAAAAACAGUCUCACGAAAGACAUUUUCAGGCAGAGAGCUGUCCAAAAAGUCUGCCGCAGAGACGGAAGCUACCAGUGCGUCAAAGACAUUAGCAGCAACUGAAGCUUCAGCAAAAACACUCUGUGAAGAGUCAGCCGUUGAGAUGAAAGUCACUAUUGCCUCAAAAGCAGCUAAAGUGACUCAAUCCCCAGGUUUAGAUAACGUCUCCAAAGUUCAAACUGUUAAAGACGCUUCAAAAACCACAGCUUCAACUGAGGACAACAGUCAGGUGGUAGUUACUGAUAACAUCCCUCCAGUUUCAUUGAUGACCAACAUUUCAAACAUUAGAUCUUUUGGCCCCACAUCUACACAGUCUCAUGAUGUUCUUAGAGAUAGAAAACAAGAUCUGAAGUUACUCUCAUCUCAGGCUGAAACAGGCAGAAAUCUUGUAGCCCAACAAAAAGCAGAGAUCCCAGAAGUGCUCCCCACUGUGGGCAACAACAUUUCUGAGGUGGAUUGCACAGAUGUUUUCCAAAAACUCUCAAAAGGAUAUAUGCCUUGUGAAAAUGACACAAGCGGAAGAACAAUGGUCACUGCUAAUACACCUACAGAUCAGGAGAGUAUAAAUAACAUAUCUGCUCUGACAUUAGUAACAGAAAUGGUUGCUGAACAUGCACCUGCUGCAGUUGAUCUGGAGAACCACAACCGGCAGGCUCCAGAAGACAGUUCCUCCAAGGAGUCCUUGCAAGUUCCUCAAAAAUUGCUCACUGGCUCCAGCUGCUCUGUAGUUGCUGACGUGCAAGUGAAGGAAGAGGGAAAUCAAGAUAUUGGUCCAGAAACACUUGAGAACAGUAAACUAUUAGAAACCAAGGAAUCAAAGUUGGAGUACUGCUGUACAUUCUGUAACAAGGUCUUUAAGGGAAGUCGGGUUGUAGCACAUGCUAUGUUCCAUUAUCGUAAAGAUGAGUGCAUGUUCUGUAGGACAAUGUUCAAAGAUGACCUCUUGGCCAUGAUGCACCUUUCUGACCAUAUUGAGAAGCUAAAGAGGAGCAAAGAGUCAGCUGGUAAUACCCAAGAAAACUGGGUUUCUGAGACCAAAGAUAUCGCCACACCUAAGACCUCUGCCAAAGCUAAGGCCACAAACGUGGCUUCUGGGUGUUGUAGUAGUGGGAGAACAAGGCAGUCUACUGCUUGUCUUAAAUUAAUAAGCCUUCCAGAUUCAACACCAUCUGGCUCCAGAAAGUUAAGAUCCAAUGACAAGCCAGUGGAUCAUCCAUCUUUACAUGAAAAUAAACUAAACGUGUCAAAGCAACUUAAUGAUAAAACUCCUGUUCACAAGGUAAAUGGGCAUUUUGGCAAGAAGAAAGGGCUUGGCAGACCGAAAAAGGACACAUUGAACUCAGAAGCUAAGCAGCCACUUAAACAGGAGGAGCUCUCUCAAGUAAGAUCAAAAGAUGAAGCUGAGUAUCCCAAGUUGCAACAAAAACAAGAUACAGAGAUGGAAUCCUCUGCAACAUCAGUACAGGUAGACAACAAGUUUGGCUGUUUCACCGAAGAUAAAACGGAGACAAAAUCUCUGCAGGUUCUGAAGACGGCCACAAAACACAGUGGGAAAGUUGUCAAUGAGAAAAAUGCGGAGCCACAAGAGAGAAUCUGCUGUCCUGUGGAGGGUUGCGCUUGGAUUACAGACCUGUCAAAAAACCGUGUUGCACUCCUGUACCAUGCUCUUGAAGAUCACUACGGUGAAGUCAAACCUUUAGAACUGGCGUUCCGUGUGGGAAACAGCAAAUGUAGUAGUUGCAUGAGGGUUAUGUGGAGUUUUGAUCAUUUUCAACACCACGUUGAAAGACACAGACUCACCCCACGGCAUCCGUGCCUUCAUCAGGGUUGUACUGCUCGGUUCAAAACUGGAAUGGAAAUGAGACGCCACGCCAGGAGGCACAGUCCGCUGCAGGCAGAGUGCUGCCGCCCUGGUUGUUGUAAACUAUUUAUUUGUCUCUGGGCACUGAACCUUCAUGAAAGAGAGCACUAUGCUUCCCAACCCACUAAAGCAGACAAGAACACAAAUCAGCAAACGGAUGACAACAACACGCCGGAUGGUACGAAACAACCAGAUUGUAGGCCGCAAGAUGUAACUACUGCCACUACUGUAAAUAAGACUGUAAGUGUAAAGGCUGCGCAUAAAUUAAGAGGAGAAGUGUUGCAUAACUCGUCCACUGGGAAACCUGUUCCGGCUUCAUCUCCCACCACUGUCGGAUCACCUCUGUCGAAAGAGAGAAAUGUGACCAAGGAUUCACACGUCUUAAAGAAUCUUUCUAACAAGGACACAUCCACACAGCCCACAGGCCCAAAUCUGAGAUUAAGGCAAACGUUAAGAAAAGAUAAAGUAACAAAUACAACCGAAAGUCACAAAGUCAUCUCAUCGUCAUUGUUAAAACACAAUAUCAAAGUAAGACAUAAGUUGAAGAAAAAGCAGGUCAAAGUAAACACAAAAGGUCCUAAGAGAAGAGGGCGUCCUCCUAAGUCAAAGGAAGCUGUGCACGAUGAAAACACUACUACUGGUCAAAGCACUCCAGGUGUCAUAGCAAACACGGCUCCGCUUGCAACCCCCACUAAAGCAGCAGAGACCUCGGAUGGGCGCGACGAGUCAAAAGAAGAAAAGAGUCAGCAGGUCCAAGAUGUAGUCAACAGUACGGAAACAUCAAUCAAUGACUCAAAGUCGAAGACAUCAAUGAUCAAUCAGAUGAAGAUUUUUUUUAAACGAAAGGGCAUUUCUCAUACCUCCACAGCUAUUGUGACCGCUAACAGUUUAAAACAAUCAAUCAGUACCACCUCAGCAGACCACACACACAAGUUGACAGCUGACAAAAUGAAGAAACUGCAUAAAGUGAAAAAACGCUCCGCUCCUAAAGAGGACAAUAGUCAAACUGCUUGUUCAGAGUCCAGCAAGUCAAAAAAGCACAAGGUUGCAAGUGGCAAAGCCAACACAAAGAGUGGUAAGAAAAAACGUCCCCUCAAAGAACCAGAGUCUGUCCGGAAAAAGCCUGCCAAGUCCAUAUCUGAUGUCCAGCAAGACGAGGCCAAAGCAUCAGCAGGACCGGAAAGUUGUGCUGAUGAGGACGGAAAAGCAAAGACAGAAAACACAGACUCAACACAAAGCCGCUCUGGUAAAUCUGUGUCUGCUGUGCCGGCUAACAGUUUCAGUGUGCCACCACGCACCACCUCAGAGAAAACACAGAGCGUAACAAAAGAAGAAACCUCUAAGAAAUCACAUGUAAAAAAACAGGGAAAGAAAGAAAGCAGUAGUCAUAGUGCUUCUUCAGACUCAGGCAAGACUAAUAAGAACAAAUGUAUUGACAAAAAAGGGGACAUGAAAACGCUCAAGGAAAGACGGCCGUGCAAAGAUGCAAGCAAAACCUCUGCCCUGAAAAAGAAAGCCAAGUCUAAAUCGGUAGACCAACAGGUUGAGGCUAAAGCAGCCGCAAUAGAAAGCUCACCUGAUGUGGAAGGAAAAGCAAAAGAAGGAACAACGGAUACAACACACGACAGCUCUGGCGCCAAAUCCAAGAAACCUCACGUCGCGAGAGAUUCAGACCCUAGCAAGGCGAAUAGGAAGCGCAAGAAUGUUCAUAAAGGGGGUGACACAAAGAUUGACAGGAAGAAAUGCAAAGACCAGGGUGCUUCAUCGGCAUCUAGCAAGCCUGCAACGUCCGAAACGAAAAUCCAACCGCUCGCUGAGGGGAAAACCGAGGUAGCGGGGAGCGCUGUAGGUGAGAAGGGAGAAACUUUAGUGGAAACACCACAACCUACAAUUAGCCGGGCUGGUUACUCUGUAAUGACGAACGGACAAGUAACCAGAGAAGAUGUCGAAUCUACAGUUCUUAAGAACGCUCUGGAAGGGUAUAGUAAGAGGCCAUUUAUGCGCCUGCCCCCUACAGCGUACUUGGACGAGAAGUACAUUACCAUGCCAAAACGAAGGAAGGAGCUGUCGUUUUUCCAGUCGUCUCCAAGAAGCCUCCCCAUGCCUCAGCAGACCUACGUUACAGCGGCUCUGCAGAGACAACGGUGUGCCAACUGUUUUGUCACUUUCAACAGUGCCGAGGAUCUGCAGAGUCAUCUCCAACUGCAGAAGUGCUCAAACAUCUUUGGAUUUGACUCGGAUGACGAGGGCAACAGUUGAACAUGUCUAAUAAAGUCUGAGUGAAUUGACGUUUUGGAUGCAUAAUAUACUGACCUGCGUGGAGCCCACCAGAGCAGUCCUAACUCAACUGAUCAAUGCUCUCUGGGUGACUUGUUCGUUGCAGUGGGCAACGACUCGGGCAUCUGGAACCUGGGAACUGACCGGAAUACCUGACUUUCACUGCAGCGCGUGCCUGUAGGAGCAGUCAGAACACAUGAGACAGCCGAUCGACAAAAGACAACUGAACUGAAUCCCAGUCAGACCGCUGAACAGCUAGUACUGAAGUGCCUGCGCUGGAACCGCCGUGCUGUUUCCAGCUGCUUCACCUGGUAUGGAGAUUAAGAAUUGUGGCUUAAAGACUGAACUCUUGAAAGCUGUGAAAAAAAAAACAACAACACUCGCGCCAGACGACAAGGCUGCUCCUGCUAUCACUAGGAUACAUAUUUUUCACAUCAGUAAGCCAUACAAUGCCAUUAUUUGCUUUUUGCACUCUUCUCAUACAAUUUCUCAAUUUUCUUCUCCUUAAACUCUCAACGUGAUGGAGAUUGUGAAAUGAAUGAAGCAUCUUACACGUCAUGCUAUUUUAACAUCCUGAGGUUGCAUAUAAUUUUCUUACAUUUGCAAAGUUGUAUCAGAGUCUUCUUUGGGAAAAUGUUAUGUAUAACUCUUGUUUAAAUACUAAUUGUAUUUCUUAUAUCCCUAUGGGGUUGAUUAUGUAUGUGCUUGUCCUCACCAUAAAUAACCAGUAGGGGGCAGUUUAGGUUAACGGAUUCUUUUUAUUUUUUUGUAUUCUUUUCCCCCCUCUUGCAAAACAUAAGUUUUGUAAUAUGUUUUGCAACAGAAGGAUUUCUACAUAAAAAGCUGCUCCACUGUAUUUUAUCACUGGAUGGACUAAAGAAAUGGCUUCACGUCCUGCUACCAACAACAAAAUGUGCCAGUAUCCCGCUGACAUUUGGCUCGGUUCUGUCACGCUGAACACGUUCUGUUAAUUAUUUGCUCUCAGUGGAGCAGCUGACAUUCUUGCUUCCUAUAUUUUCUCACUUAAACAUAGAUUUUAUCUACUGAACUGUCCAAGACCACAGAAACAUUGUGAUUUCUCUUUUAGGUUGAAUGUUCUUUCCUUCAAAGAGAGAGUCAUAAACAGCCAGUUUCUAAGUGUUACCCGGAGACGUCAUCAGUCUUUUAUGAGCAGCGGCAGGUUAUAUUUAUUUACUUAAGAUUUUUUUUUCUUUUCUUUUUUUUUUUUUUUAAUCUUUUUGUAAAUAUAUUAAGAGUUUCAGUGACUUAUUAUAAAAAGGGGAUGUCAGAGCUGGGUUUAUAUUUUGUUCUUGUAAAAAUAAAACUUAUUUCGAAUGGCA